AUGAAUGAAUUCCAACAGACUCUAGAUAAUUGUUCCUUGGUUGACAUGGGGUUUGAGGGGCAAUGUUUUACAUGGCUUAAUAAAAGGCAAGGUGCGGCGCAUGUGCAGGAACGGCUUGAUCGAUUUUGUUGUAACAAGGAUUGGCAUGAUUUAUUCCCAUCGGUUAGAGUCACUAAUGGGGAUUUCUUACAUUCUGAUCAUAGACCGGUGGUGGCCACUUUGGAAAAUGUGGUUCGGAUUCAGAAGAAUGACAAAAAGAGGUGUUUUAGGUUUGAAACUCAUUGGUUGAAAGAUGAAGAAUGUCAUGACAUUGUUAAUCAUACAUGGUCGGAGUUUAAUGUUCCUUUGGAUAGUCAAGACAGUAUUCUGGAUAUUUUUGGGAGAUGUGUCGAGAGGUUGGGGCGUGGAAUAAGGAUAAGUUUGGUUCGAUUCCGAGGAGGGUGA